UCUCAUUUUGUUUUUCUCCUGCAGUGGUUAAAUGUACUCCAUUGAGGACACACAGGUGGCCAGGACCAUAGAGCUGAAUGAUGGCACACGCAUGCCAGUUUUGGGUCUGGGGACAUGGAAGUCCUCCAAACUUCCCCACACCUCAUUCCAGGGUGCAGUAGAGGCUGCCAUUGCAGCUGGCUACCGUCACAUAGACACAGCUUACUGCUACAAGAAUGAGGUUGAAAUCGGCAAAGCUCUGCGCUCCAAGAUGCAGCAGGGCAUCAUCAGGCGCCAGGACAUGUUCAUUGUCAGUAAGCUGUGGAGUACCCAUCAUGCCCCGGAGGACAUCCCUGUGUGCCUGAAUAAGUCCCUGAAUGAUCUCCAGCUGGACUACCUGGAUCUUUACCUUGUGCAUUUCCCUGUUGGCCUAAAGAAAAUGGGUGAUGAGAUUUUCCCGAAGAUGGAUGGAAAGACGCUGACCUCUGAUGUAGACUACAUAGAUGUAUGGAGGGGGAUGGAAGCCCUGCAAGCCUCCGGGAAGGUGAAGAGCAUUGGUGUGUCCAAUUUCAACAUCCUGCAGCUUGAGAGACUUCUCGCUCUGUGCAGGGUGCCCCCUGCUGUCAAUCAGGUGGAGCUCCAUCCCUACCUGGUGCAGACAGAGAUGAUAGAGUUCUGUAAAUCCAAGAACAUCGCCCUGACUGCCUACAGCCCCUUUGGCUCCCCUGAGAGACCCCCAGAGAUGCUCAGAGGAGACACUGAUCCCCAUAAGCUCCUGGAGGACCCAGUCAUAACAGAUAUAGCCAAGAAGCACAGACACAGCCCCGCACAGGUGUUGCUGAGGUACCAUGUGCAGCAGGGUAUUUCAGUCAUCCCUAAGAGUGACAAGCCUCAUCACAUCCUAGAAAACACCAAGAUCUUUGACUUCAGUCUGACUGAAGAAGACAUGAGAGCACUGAGAGGCCUGGACCGAGGGUGGAAGGCCUGCGUAAUUGACGAAAUCAAGUCUCAUCCGUACUACCCCUUUGUUUGAGGCUGCCAGGAGAGUGGAGAGAAAAGACCAGACCAGCUACAUUCAGUCAAUCUACAGUAUUGUUUAACUAAUGAUGAUGGAAUUUGAAGGUGAGGACAAAUCUGAAGACUGAAGAAGAAUCAAAUAUAAAUGCAAUAAAUGUGACCAACAAAUAUCAGGGCGCUGAUAAGCUCUUUUCUAAUUUCUAAUCAGAAAACUGAUACGCUUACUUUUCUAAUGUUUUCCUGUUGUGAAUAAAAUACUGUAGGUUUGUGUUUA